CCAGCUUCGCAUCGGGACCCGUCGCAACAAGCCGGGCAUACGGCGUCGUGUACAUAAACCAGGUUCGUCGGCUUUCUUGCAUUUCAAAAUAUCGAUUUCGCGCGGAGAAGGCCUCGAUCGAACCGCAAGGGUUUCUUCGGACGGUAAAUGCCUCUGCAGUCGAUUGGGGAAUCAAGCUCUCAUCUUCAACAUAGAGGAAGCUCCUAGUUUCCUGUGUCCGACAUGCCAUCGGGCUCCGCCGAUCUUGGCGAUCUUCACAAGGUGUGGGAGGUGAAGCCCCUUAAGAAGGCUGGGGAAGACGAGGCCCGACGGAUCCUCCAAAGCAUCGCGAAGCAGGUGCAGCCUAUCAUGCGUAAGCACAAGUGGAGGGUGAAAAUCCUCUCCGAAUUCUGUCCUUCAAAUGCACGUCUUUUGGGUGUAAAUCAAGGUGGAGGGUCGCAGGUAAAGCUUAGGCUGAGGCGGCACGAUAGGAUUUCGGAGUUCCUGCCUUACGAGCAGGUCCUAGAUACGAUGCUUCAUGAGCUCUGCCAUAAUGUGCACGGCCCUCACAAUGCUAGUUUCUACAACCUUUGGGAUGCGAUAAGAAAGGAAUGCGAGGAUCUUAUUGCCAAAGGAGUAACAGGAACAGGUCAAGGGUUUGAUGCUCCUGGGAGAAGAUUGGGAGGAUUUUCCCACACACCUCCUCUUUCCUCAUUACGCCAAGUCACGUUACAUGCUGCAGAAAGAAGGGCACAGUUAUCAGCUCUGCUUCCUUCUGGGCCAAGGCGCCUUGGUGGUGAUAGCAAUAUUAUGAGCUCAUUAAGUCCAAUACAAGCAGCUGCAAUGGCUGCUGAAAGAAGGCUGCAUGAUGAUUUAUGGUGUGGUGCUGAGAGCUAUGAUGAUCCUUGUGGAACAGAAAGCGACACCAUGAAUCAUAGGCAAUCAUCUGUCAAGAGACAUUUUGAAGUUUUGAACAGUUCCAUGGCUUCUAACAUGGACAUGUCGAAGGCAUAUGAGUGCAGCUCAAAACUUAGAAUACCAAAAGUCCCUAGAUCAGAGGCUAAAGAUUUCGAGGACCAUGAUUUGUGGGAAUGUGGUACUUGCACUUUGCUUAACCAGCCAUUGGCCUUAGCAUGUGGAGCUUGUGGUGCCAUAAAAGCAAGUAGCGGUAGAAAAAAGUUCAAAAUCUGGACCUGUAAGUUCUGCACCCUGGAAAACAAGAUUGAGCUGGAGAAAUGCACUGCUUGCAUGCAAUGGAGAUAUUCAUAUGGACCACCUGUUUCUAUUCGUGGACCAAACAAUGCAACAUGACUCAUUAGCAAAUCCCAAGUUUUACAGACAUGUCAAGGCGAAUAUGAAACUAUAGAAUAGCUAUGGUGGUUAAUGGUGGUCUUGGUAACUUAUUGUAUACGAAAAACUGUCCUUUUGUAUAUGGAAACUUUCAUCUCUUGCACGCAUAAGAAACUGUCAUUUGCCUCGUGGAAUUAUUUUGAUAAAUAUUGAUGUCUUCCACGUUCUCAGGUUUCCUAGGGAUGAAAAUGGUUAUUCGGUUGCUGGUCUGAUCCAUAGGGCAAAAACAUCAGAUUAUGUGGAAUAGCAGUGACAUAUUUGGCUGGACUCUGGAAGUUUCAGGAGUAAGGCAAGUAUAGCAAGCU